AUGAGAUGUAGGGAGCUGGGCAUCCGACUAACAGACAAGGAGCUUCAGAGCAAUGCAUCUCUCCUCGUCAUGGUUGGAUACGACACUACUGCAACUUCACUGUCCGCUACUAUGAACUUGUUAUUGCGCCACCCGAAGCGAUUAGCAGAACUUAAAGAAGAGCUUCAGCAGCAUUACCCUUCAGCUGCUGACAUGGACGCAACAUCUUUGGGCCAGCUCCCAAUGCUCAAUGGUUGUAUACAAGAGGCACUUCGCUUAUUCCCUCCUGCAAACGGCAAAGGCACCAAUCGGACAUCACCAGGUGUCAGCAUCGAUGGCGUUUAUAUCCCUCAAGGCAUAAAUGUCUCUGCGGAUAUGUAUACCAUUCAGAGAUCUUCAUUGUACUGGACUCGGCCAGAUGCGUUUUGUCCGGAGCGUUGGUUCAACAAUGGCCCCGGCACAGAGUUUGCCAACGACAUCCGCUCUUCACAUUGCCCGUUUCUCCUCGGCCCGCGAAUGUGCAUUGGGCGAGCUGUGGCACUACAGUCUAUGAGGAUGGUACUUGCAAAAAUUGUGCACUCGUUCGAACUGCAAGCUGCCGAGACGUACAAUUGGGAAACUGAUGUUUCCAGCUCAUAUCUUUGGACAGGAUACAGGUGCAUGGCUCGAGUUGCACAUGGCCAGACCAUGCCUUAA